AUGUGGAGCAUUUUCAAAAUAGCCAGAACGGCAGCCGUCGGAACCAGGAUCCUGAGGUCACCGGCCCCUCUUAUUUCGAGGCUUCCAUUUCCGCGUCCGGCUAUCAGACCAACCGUUGUCUUUGCCUUGCGCCCGCAAUCGUCGACCAUCAAGAUGGAGAAACCGAUGCUGAUGCUGGCUUUCACGUGCAAAAAGUGCCAUGAGAGGUCGUCCCAUAUUAUCUCCAAACAGGCGUACACCUCCGGAACCGUUCUGAUUUUCUCUGAUCGCCGCAUAAACAUCGAAGACAUCCUGGCGUUGAAAGGCGAGAGCGUCACUGUGACGCCCGAAGACCUUGCGUUCGAGGAUAUUCCCGAAAAACUGCGCGAUCUGAUCGGCCACCACGCCAAGGACGCUCCACAGAAGGCAGAGCCAGACACGCCGCUGCUGAAGGAAUGA